ACAGCCGUUGUUUCGGUGGUACGAUGUGCAUUUUAAUUUAUUUAAUCUACCUAAACGAGCAUCCUUGCCCCACAUUGCAUCCUAAUAAAUACUGAAGAGGAAACGGCAUCGACAAGCUUAUCUAUUUCUUAAGAAACAUUUGCGUGAGAUGUCUGGACAUUGAAUUUAUUAAGCUACCUGUCAAAGGAAUCUGUGAAGUGUUGAACUGUUGUCACAAUCCGCGGUAGGUAUUUAAUCAUAACCAUGCCUCUCGAGGAUGAUCUGGCAUCAGCAGCCGCGACGGGCAACACGGAUCGUGUUAAAAUGUUAUUAGAAAGGGGAAUGGAUGUCAACGGUGUGAACUGCUUUGGACGGACACCUUUGCAGGUGAUGAUGAUGGGCAGUACAACUGUGGCGCGGUUGUUACUACAACAAGGAGCGGAUCCUAACGUGGCAGACAGACACACCGGGACCAUGCCGUUACAUGAUGCUGCAAGGAUGGGCUUUCUGGACACCGUAAAGAUCCUUGUUCAAUACAACGCAAAUCCGAACACUUUGGACAAUUGGAAUCGUCGGCCUAUCGAUUUGGCAAAAGAAAGUGGGCACCAGAAUGUCGUCGAGUUUCUUCAGACUUUGUAAAUUCAGAGACGCAUUGUAUUUAUUUGUUCGACAUUUAUUGUUAUAUACUUUUUCUUCAUACAUAUUUUAUUUAUACCUCUGCAAGAGGAUUGCACAUUUUAUGCACUUAAUGAUUUUUAAAUUCAUGUUAUAUAACGUGUAGCCCUAUGUUUUUCGUGCUAAAUUGAAGAUAUUUGCAGGUCUUUUAAAUAUUCAAUGAUUUUAUACUUGAAUUCAAUCAGGAAUUAUGAACAAUUGCAAUAUUGUAAAGGCGAAAAAUGUACUGAACAUAAAAAAAAGUAAAGAUGGGAUACUUUUGAA